AUGCUCUCACAAUCACAUGAUAUUGAAGUGCACUUGACGCCGUCUCUCGAACCCGAAAGCAGUACAAAACAAUUGGAAGGAGCUUUCAAAGAAAUGGAAUCCACCUCGGAUAGUGCCAACUAUGUAAGUCAAAAUUGCCUAAUUUUGUCAUUUGAAAAAAGUAGUCAAUAACAAUCCAUUUUUGGAAUAAUCGAACAUCUUGGAAAUCUUGUGAUUGAAUUCGGUCUUUUUGAAGUCAAUUGAUGAUGAUCGAGAGUUCGAAUGAUGCGCCGAUUCUCAAAAAAAAGUUUACCUAAGAAAAUGACUCGUGUUUAAUCUUUUGAUAGGAAUUUCCGACAAAAUGAGGAUUCUUAUCAAUUUCUGAAACAUUCCGGAAAGAAGUUUGAAAGUUUCACUUGUCAUUUAUAACUUCUAUCCCUACCAGUUUAUCGUGAACCGAUUCCGUUGUUCUUUGAAAUUUUGAAAAUAUGAGUCUGUAACCUCAAAUCACUACAGUUUGGUUUUGGUUAGAAACCUUGUGAAAGAAAACACCCGAUUUGUGUAUGUAAGUAUGUGACUCAUUUUGAUAAGAAAACCGCUCUGUUAUUGAACCGACCAUCACCAUCAUUGCGUAAACUUGUCAAACGUCAUUCACUUAUCGCUCUCACUCUUCAUUUGCAGGUCGCCAUCGCGGUUACCGAAACACCGAAUACUCCGCAAUUGGCACUGUUCAACCAGUUAACAAUGCUCGCGAGUAUGUCCCAACAGAACAAAGAGCCGAUCAGAAUGAAACGACCAAAGUAUUGCAUAGAUGAAGUGAGUCACUUUUGAACUUUAGUUCUGCUUUUUUAUCAUAUCAGUUUAGAGUAAACGAUUUCAACACGGAAUUCCUGAGAGCCCAGUCAAUUCAUUUUUGAGUCAAUGGGACUUGCAGGCACAAGCCCUACAGUCCUCUAAUCUCGACAUCAAUCGUGAGUUUUCGAUUAUUGCAAGCAAUACAUAGUGCUCAUCGUUUUUAAAGAAAUGACUUACAUGCAAAACCACAACUAUUUGAUCCCACGGCCAUUAAACGAUCCAAUGACCGACGAAGAACUCGUCAAUAGUAAACUUUUUCUUCUCCACAACACGCGACGGCCGUUAUUUUACAGUGAAAGGACCAUCUCGGCUCAUUGGUUUUCUCGUGCACAUUGCAAUGAAUGAUCGGGCGAGAAGAGCAUUGCGAUGGACGGGAAACGAUUUGGAAUUUAUCCUUAUCAACAAGGAACUGGUUGCACAAAUGUGGGGGAAUCGCAAACACAAUACAAAAGUUAUCAUAUUCAAGAUUUGAGACGGUUAUAAAUUUAUUUUCAGAAAAUGGAUUAUUAUAAAUUGUCCAGAGCGAUUCGCGAAAAAUAUGAAAAAAAGGAUGGGGACUCCAUUGUAAUUACAAAAUGUGGCAAACUGAAGAAAGGAACAAGUGGGGAAAUGGAUUUGACAAGAUGAAAACCAUGAAUCUCUUUUCUUUCAGGGACGUAUUGCUAUGUCUUCACGGAGCACGCUUAUUCAGAUCUUCUGAACGAAACCAAAAUGAAGACAAUUGAAGAUAUCAAGAGAUACGCAGCGAGUAUUGGAUACAAAUAUCGGGAUAAUACCGACAUCAACCCGAGCCCACAGGCUCAGAGUCCCCUCCAUAGUGACGAGUGA